CUAUGAUAAGAUGUAGUAUGUACUGCGAGGUCUGAGAGUCUAGAGAAGCAGACGGCAAACAUUUUAAGCAUUACUGUGACACGAUAAUCCUUUCAAGCGAAAUACGCAAUCCAGUGGGAAGAAACAAAUUGUAUUCGCGACCAUGGAACCGGCAAGGAAACGAGGUGCACUGGCUGGGAGCAGCGAACCGGCCCCCGUAGGGCCCGACGAUCUUGUUAAUGAAAUGUCAAUUGAUGUUGAAUUUGAGGGCCGCAGUCCAGAAGUCAAAGAUUAUCAUUGUAUUAAACAGUUAUUACAACAACUAUUCUUAAAAGCCCCAGUAAACCUGUCUGAUAUGACUUCAGUACUGAUUCAUCAACCCAAUAUUGGCUCAGUUAUAAAGCAAGUUACUGAUGUGGAUGAUGAAGAGGAAGAUGAAGAUGAUGAUGACGAUAAUGCCGACCAAGUAUUUGGGAUAACUUCAGUUAUCAAUAUUACAGAAAAGACAAGUGAAUGUGUAGAAAAUUUACACAAAUUAAUGUUGGACUUAAGUAACCAACAUAGUGAUAGUGACACAACACUAUUUGUCAACCGAUUGUUGAGUGAUGAUGAUAAUCAAGUUGGGUUGAUAAUAAACGAAAGAUACGUCAACAUACCUUCAGCUAUAUCAGUGCCAUUAUUUCAAGCCCUUAGCAAGGAAAUGUUCAAGCUAAAAAGUAAGAAACAAUCAUACAAUUUUGAUUAUCUUAUUAUGAUAUGCAAACUGUAUAAAGUGAAGAACGAUAAGAAGGGAAACAAAAGUUUUGAAAACUCAGAAAUAAUAUGGUCAAAUGGUGAAGAGGAGUUCUUUGACAAAGCAGCAGAUUACAAGUUUGAGUUUUGUGUGCAAAAUGACAAGGGUUCUGCCUUGGCUGGCAGCUGGGUAGAAUCAGAUCCUGAAAUGAUUCCAUUUAGACGUGUUCUGAUUUUCACUAUGGACAAAUUCUGUUCACUAACUAACCAACUUGAAUCUUGGUUAGCGAACAUUGAUACUGCAGAUCAGCAUGAAGGUUAAUCCACUUUUUAUAAUACCUACAUACAUUUUUUUUUUUUAUUAAGUUAAGUUACAUUAAAUAAAUUGGGUUGUAUUUUUAUCAAUGUAAUCUAACGACAUGUAAUAAAAUUUACAAUUUUAACCAUUAAUUUUCUUACAUAUUAUUAAUUGAUAUUAAAAAAAAAAAUACAUGAUUAUUAGUGUGUGGA